GGGUGCAAAACUGACUUGAAUGAAUUUUCGGUCUUGCUGUGUUUAUGUUGUUGGAUUUAAUUCUGAACGCUCUUCACAACGUUGUAGUCGUACGAAAAUUGGCCUAUUCUUUUCGGGAUAGGAGUUGGACAAAAUCUGCGUUUUGGGUUGCCUUUUCUCUUUCUAUCGUUUUAAACUUUCGUUGACAUGGCCCUCAAAAGAUAGAAGAGCAUCACAUUUUUGGGAACCAGGUCUCGGGAUUUGACGGCUGCUGUUUCGUGCAAUAAUUCUCGUGCUCAAAUGCAUGAUAACUCUGAAAUUCAAGAGAGUGAAUUGGAAUUCGAGCCAGCGAUUACACCAGGAUGCCCAGCGUUCUCCGCUCAACAACUUGUAACUGAUUCGGUCCGUUGCACCGAACGGGUCAAAAUGGGUGACAAAAAUGAUGAAGACACGGGAAUUCAACCAGAGAGAGUGGGAACACACAACUGGGGCUUGAUUGCACCCGCGAAGUCCUAUUGCGUGUCAAACACAUAGACUACUUAGACGACAGAUUCACAGACAUAAAGGCUGUCAUGUAAGAAGUGAUCGCCAAAGAAAAGGAACAGGCCAAGGAUCCAUUCAUAAGACGACUGCACCGGGACAUGAUAACACAGACACAAACAAACGAGGAUAGAAUGGUAUUUCCACGGAGCGAGUUUCCUAGGAAGAACUCCCAUGCUAACCAUGUUUCACCGCUACCGUUCGCGUUCAGAGAAUCUAAGGGACAAUGCACAGUGAAUAUGCUGAGCGAUUUAGAACCACAAAGUCACGGAGAUCACGGUGCUUUCAAACGACCAUUUUUCGAUGGAACAAACUUUGAUAUCCAGGAAAAGAAGCGAAGGCUAGACAGUCGAUUUCCCGCUCAAGAAGAAAUUUCACAAGACUUCGAGACGGGUGCCAUUAAAAACUGUCUGGCACGGAAGAAAAAUCGUAUUUACAAUGAAUUGUUACUCAAAUUUGGGAUUGAACCACCUACGGACGAGAAAAUUGUUCAUUUUAGAGACAAUGUUUUACUUAAAAAUGUUAAAACAGUUAAUUCAAGAUCGCUUGAGGCAGCGAACGAAGUGACGGCUGCGAGGCCGAGUAGUGAGCCGUCUGGCGAAAUUAACACCGUAAUAAAUGGGUAUAACGUUGUGAAGGAAGAACAGGUUCGAGUCCCAUCCGUUCCAUUCGCUCACUGUUCGUAUGUAUUUGGGAAAGGAAAAGCAGGAACUUAUUUAAAGGAGUCUCCAGAUGAUUCUAAGGUUUUCGACGAUGAGGGGAAUUGUUAUAUUGAUUCACACGAUUUUGAUAGUUUCUAUAAACCCAAGAAAAUCCACGCUGGGAAGACGGCUUGUGUGAAUCUUAAUUCAAGCGGAAAUCACGUAAAUAAUGGGAUCGCAGCGGGGAAUAAUAACAGUAAAAAGCUUCCUAGUCACAUAGAGCCAAUUCUUCCGCCAAUUAUUGAGACUUCGGACCACGGUCUACCGAAGCGGGGGUUGAACUUCACGUUUCACGGUACUAACGGAGGUUACGCAGUCGACCACGAUACUAUGCCUCGAAUCAUCGCAAUUCAUUCUAUCCCUACGCACGGAAAACAGAUGAUGCGCCAACACGCGGUAGCCGAACUUCGCGGCUCGGUAUACAAGGCUGCCUCUGCGACUAUCAAGGAGGAACACUGUGAUGCAGAGGAGGGGUAUAGAAAGACCCCCGGGACAACUGGGUCAUGGUGGCCCCCCAGUCCGGAUUCGAUUCCGGAUGAAACUACCCCCAGAGAACAACACGGACUGUUGAAAAUUAUGACUCCUGAAGACAGGAUAGCCUGUGGACUUGACAUAAAGGAGACGAAGAACCACAAACUGAACAUCACUGUCAAAGAAGAAGUACAUACAGAUGACGACGAUGACGUUAUUGUUACCAAGGUUACGAAAUCACGUCAUCCGAAAAAUGAGACACAUACAUGUGCUAAGAACAUGGCAGAUCCAUGCCCCACCAUCAGUACAGAGAAGUUGAGGGAAAUUUAUACUCAACAAAUCAGUUCGGAUUCUACGGGAGAAAAUUCUGAGAACAAAGCGUUCUUGCUGUAUUUGCUUUCACUUCGCGCUCAGAAAUCUUCAGAGGGUGAUGGUAAGACCGUACCAAACCGAGAACAAGACGUUCCACUGUUACAAGCUAGAAAUGCGCCCAAGCAACCAAGGAAAAAAUUCAACAUAAAAGAGCUAUGCGAUAAACUGAUUAACACUAGAGAGAGACUUGAACAGGAGCAGCUAGCAUGGAAGCGGAAGUUGUUAGUCAGUUUGGAGGUAGUGUUAAUUAAAAAGAUUCGACGUUUGGAGCGAGAGACUGGGGAGAGCGCCCCUGAGGGGCUGGUGACUAGAGAAGAAGUGCUUCAGGAGGAGGGACUUAGUGAUAGUGUCACAAGAGAGGAUGUAGGCAGAAGUAAUGAUAACCUUGUCAAUAUCGUAGAAGACUUGACUGGUAAGAAAGAGGGGAAUGAAAAUGCAAAGGGAAGGGAAAGGAACAAAAGUGUAUCCGAAAUCAGAGGGUAUGAUUCUUCUUGAGUCGGAUUAAGCUUCUAACUCAGUUUAGCUAAAAUAUCAUAGGGGAUUAUUAAGAAAUUAUUUAUUAUAUUUUGUAAAAAAAAGUGAUUUACACAACGCAAAUGGAGUGAGGUUCAAAACCUGUCAAAUUUUGGUGUAAAUUUUUAUACAGAAUGAAAAUCGCACAGGAGUGAAAAUGAUUGAAAUUAGUACAUGUGGAAAUGGAGUAAGACGUAUAUUUGUUUUAUAAUUUUCUGAACUUUAAAAGAUAUGUAAAGUAUGUUAUAUUUAAUAGAUUAUUUACAUGAGUCUUAUUGCUGGAUUUGAUUUGGUUGAUAAUGUGUUUGAAUUCUAGUCAGCCAUUACAGUUGUUUUUAAUGAGUCCCACGAAGCCGUCAUAGUUAUACCUUUCAAAUGUUAUAAGUUGAUGUCAUUCGCGGAGACUUAUCAAAAGUGAAUGUACCGUCUCCUUGCUGUCUUUUCUGGUUUAUGGAUCAAAAGAUUAUUAAAAUGAUUAAAAAAGGAAUUAUAGUUAUUUUCAAAGGCCUUUCUCUAAAUAAACUGGUAAUUUAGUUUUGUUGCUCUUUAUUGGUUUCGUCUCGACAUAAUGGCUGACUAAAAAAUAAUGCAGGGGUAUGUUUUUAUUUUCCAAAGGAAAAUUAUAAUUUGACAAGGAUAAUCAUAUGAUUGUUUAAUAGUUUCUUUAUCUGUUUUGAUGAUAUAGGUAUUUCUGUGAGAUAUAGCUUAGUUAGCCUAGUAUAAUUUCCAAUGGGAAAUAUUUAUGAAGGGAAGUUAAAGAGAUUGAUAAGCGCUUUGUAAAAUGGCACAAAUAUUUUGUUUAUUUAUCAAUGCUAAGUAUUGUCCUUCAGCUUAAAGUAUUUUUCAGGAUUUAAGACUGUAAAAAAUAAUUUUGAAAUAAAAAAAGAAAUUAAUGAGA